AUGAAGCUGCUGGACGAGCGGCUCUGGUCGCUGUUCCGGCGCCACUGUCAACAAACUCUCACCUACUGGAGUGUGUUCUUUAGCUUCGGCCUGUGCAUCGCCUUCCUGGGACCCACCAUCCUGGACCUGAGGUGUCAGACCCAGUCCACCCUGCAGCAGAUCACCUGGGUCUUCUUCUCCCAGCAGUUCUUCCUGUUGGUGGGCAGCAGCCUGGGGGGACUCUUCAAGAAAACACUCCUAUCCUCCCUGUCAGCCCUCCUGUUCUGCACUCUCAUCAUUUCACUCGUGUUUGCCAUCAUACCGCUAUGUCACAACAUCAUACCGCUGUCCAUCGCCAUGGCGCUCGCUGGCAGUGCCAUGGGCGUGAUCGACACUGUCGGCAACCUGCAGCUGGUGAAACUGUACCAGAAGGACUCCGCCAUCUUCUUGCAGGCCUUGCAUUUCUUUAUAGGCGUGGGAGCGCUGGUCAGUCCCCUGGUGGUUGAUCCUUUCCUGGCAGAGAGCAACUGUGUCCUGGGUGCCAACUGGACCACCAACUCAUCCUCUUCCUCAGACCUGCAGCACCUCCGCAGCCGCAUCGCGGGUCAAGGAGCAGGACUACACAACAUCUCUCAUGAUUCUCUGCACACCGAGGGUGUAGUCAUCACCAGGGUGUCGUACGCUUUCUGGAUCAUUGCUCUGAUCAAUCUCCCUGUGCCAGCGGCAGUGCUCGCAUUGAUGUACCAUGAGAAACUUCUGCCUUGCUUCAGCAACGGUCCACGUCUGCUCGAUGGAGACUCUGUGUCCAGCGUGAGCCCCACUGGGGCGGAUGCUAAAGGUCAUGGGAGUUUGUUUGCUUGCUGUAAUCCUGCCAAACUCCAGGGUCAGCCCACUACUUUCUUCAUCCUCCAUGUUUUGGGUGGGGCCGUCCUCUUCAUCUCUGAUGGGAUUAUAGGAUCCUACGCCGGCUUUGUCUACACCUACGCGGUGCUCCCUCCUCUGCUGAUGGGUCAUAAGACUGCCGGCUGCCUGACCAGUAUAUUCUGGGCGUCCAUCACAGCAGGAAGACUGGCUUUCAUCUACCUGUCUUACAGAUACACACCAUCAAGGGUGCUCACCGUCAGUCUGGUGGGGGUCAUACUGGUGCAGUGCCUGUUGUUGAUGUUCAACACCAGCUGUGCGUUUCUGUUCAUCGGCACCUGCAUGUUGGGGCUGUGCAUCAGCAGUGUGUUCCCCUCCAUGCUGGCCUUUACAGAGGACAUACUGGACUACAAAGGUUGCGCCACAACCGUCCUGGUGACCAGUGCCAGCACAGGAGAGAUGAUGUUGCAGUUGCUUGUUGGAUCGGUGAUCAACAGUCAAGGCAGUUACGCUUUUCUGUUGUCUUGUACAGUAGCAUCAUUCAUCGGCUUCGGGCUGUUCCUCCUGUUCCUCUAUGCCCAGCACAUCCACAGAAACACAGGUUCGUCUAAUAAUACAGCCAUGGAAGAGAAGCCUAAACCAGGAGGCUCCUGAUCCGAGGGUUCCUGAGAGGCAGACCAGAGGACACAAAGUCCCCUGCUGAGCUCGAGCACAGGGGGAAGAACAGUCUCUGACAUUCAGACAUCCCUCCCCAGUGUUGGAACAGGAGCUUUAUCCCGGCCUCCUCCGGCUGACUGUUUUUUCUGGAACUCGAGAGAAGUUUACAACCCGGAUUCCAAAAAAC